AUGCAUGGACGGGAAGGUGAGGAGAGGAAAAGGGCUCGGCACAUGUGGACAGAUCCUACCCCUGCCAAUUCGGUUGUAGAGGGUGAUGUUUCUUCGUCUUCUCCGAUUCCUAAUUCGUUUUACAAGGACGGGCGAAAAAUCUCUGUUGGGGACUGUGCUCUUUUCAAACCGCCGGAGGAGUCUCCACCUUUCAUUGGAAUAAUCCGUUGUGUGAUUACCAGUAAAGAUAAUAACCCAACUCUAGGUGUGAAUUGGCUUUAUCGACCUUCUGAAAUAAAGCUUGGCAAAAGCAUCCUUUUGGACGCUGCGCCAAACGAAAUAUUUUACUCCUUUCACAAGGAUGAAAUAUCUGCCGCAUCGCUACUCCAUCCGUGUAAAGUUUCCUUCCUUCCUAAAGGGGCUGAGCUUCCAUCAGGGAUUUCUUCAUUUGUGUGCCACCGUGUUUACGACAUUCGAAACAAGUGUUUAUGGUGGUUAACUGAUCAAGAUUAUAUUGAUGAACAUCAAGAAGAAGUAGAUCAACUAUUGUCUAAGACACGCUUAGAAAUGCAUGCAACAGUACAGUCCGGUGGGCACUCACCAAAGCCAAUGAAUGGUCCAAAUGCAACAUCACAGUCAAAACCUGGUUCAGAUGGCGUGCAGAAUAGUGGUUCCUCCUUUCCUUCUCAAGUUAAGGGGAAGAAAAGGGAGCGGGGAGAGCGUGGGGAUCCAGGGCUAGAGCCUCUUAAACGAGAGCGUUCUACAAAACUUGACGAUGGUGAUUCUGCUAACUCAAGAGCGGAGAACACCUGGAAAUCAGAGAUUACUAAAUUGAAAGAUAAAGGUGGUCUUGUGGAUUUUGAUGCUGUUGAGAAACUGGUGCAGCUUAUGUUACCCGACAGAAAUGAGAAGAAGAUAGAUUUGGUUGGCCGGUCUAUUAUGGCUGGGAUAGUAGCAGCAACAGAUAAGUUUGAUUGCCUUAAUCGGUUUGUUCAACUGAGAGGGUUACCUGUAUUUGAUGAGUGGAUACAGGAGGCCCAUAAAGGAAAGAUUGGCGAUGGUAAUAGUCCCAAGGAUGGUGACAAAUCAGUAGAAGAGUUUCUCUCUGUCUUACUUCGUGCUCUUGAAAAAAUCCCUGUGGAUCUCCACGCUUUACAAACAUGUAACAUUGGAAAGUCUGUCAAUCAACUACGUUCGCACAAGAACACGGAAAUUCAGAAGAAGGCAAAGAGUUUAGUUGACACUUGGAAAAAACGGGUGGAGGCUGAAAUGGAUGCAAAGUCUGGGUCAAACCAGGGUGUCACUUGGGCUACAAGAUCACGCCUUCCGGAUGCUUCCCAUGGCGGGAGCAGACACGCUGGUGUAGUCUCUGAGGUGGCAUUGAAGAGCUCUACUAAUCAGCUUUCUGUUUUAAAAGCUGCGCCAGCUAAGCUUGUCCCUGGAGAGGCUAUUCCUAUGUCAGCGUCAGGAUCUCCUGGGUCCAAUAAAUUAACUCCAGUGCCUGUGUCUGGGGUUGGUGUUGUUAAAGAAGGACAGGCUAGAUAUGGCAGCGGUGCUGGUGGGUCUGAUGCUUCUCCAACCACGGCUAGAGAUGAGAAGAGCAGCAGUUCUAGCCAGUCGCACAAUAAUAGUCAAACUGUAUCUGGUGACCAAACAAAAACUGUUGGAUUUUCUGGAAAGGAGGACACGAGGAGUUCUGGUUCUAUGACACCUACUAGGGUUGCUAGUGGUUCUUCACGGCAUCGUAAGUCGAGCAAUGGCUUUCUGACCCAAGCUGGAUCUGUUGCUCAGCGGGAAACUGGGACAAGUAGAAGCUCUCCUUUGCAAAGAAAUCCAGCUUCUGAGAAGUUCCCACAAAAUAGUUUGGCAAGUGAUAAGGUGGCUGAUCUCCCAACACCCGAGGCCACCAACCACAGAUUUGUCGUUAAGAUUCCUAACAGAGGCCGCAGUCCUGCCCAAAGUGCCAGUGGUGGAUCGCUCGAAGAUCCUUCAGUCGUGCACAACAGAUCUUGCUCUCCUAUUCUUUCGGAGAAGCAGGAUCAGCUCGAUCACAAUUUGAAAGAUAAGAACGAUGCUUGCAAUGCUAAUGUCGGCUCAGAUGUCAAUACCGAGUCAUGGCAGAGCAAUGAUUUCAAAGACGUGCUGACUGGGUCAGAUGAAGCAGGUGGCUCUCCUACAACUGGUCCGGAUGAUGAAAACAGUAGAGCAGGUGAAGAUACCAAGAAACUACCAGAAGUCUCCAAAUCCACAUCAUUGCCGUCUAGCAACGAAAACAAGUCGGGAAAAUUACAUGAUGCUUCAUUUAGCUCCAUGAAUGCUUUGAUUGAAAGUUGUGUCAAGUACUCUGAUGCGAGUACAUCUAUGUCAGGAGCAGAUGAUGUUGGGAUGAACCUGCUUGCUAGUGUUGCUGCUGGAGAAAUGUCUAAACCUGAUGUGGCUUUGCAGUGUGAUCCACUUGGUGAUUCAAGGGUACAGUCACAUCCAGGUGAUACUGUGAUUCACGGUGUUCAGUCAUGUGAUAAUGUUGGUGUUGUAACUGAGAAGAAAGACAGUGCUGUUAAUACGUUAGAGACUAAGACAGAUGGUCCUUCUCAAGAGAAAGAUUCAACUUCCUGUGCUGUAGAGGCCCAGCAAACUGGAGAGACAUGCAAGGAAAAGGAAGAUAAAACUAAUGCAACCUUAAGGGGACCUUUUAAUGAGGUGCCUGCUGUGAACGGCGCAGACAAGAAAUUGGGUGGUGGCAAAAAUCCAUGGAAAAAAGAUCCCAGUUGUACAGUAAAAGCUGAAGCAACGUCUGAUGAUAAAGAAAAAUCACUUGCCUCCUUUUCAGCCGAGACUAAGCUCAAUAUUGCUGCUGUAGAAGUCAAGGCUGGUGGAGUCCGAAGUUUGUCACCACAUACUGCCUUUGAUCCUGAGGGGGAGAACAAGAAAAAUAGUAAUGAGGUAUUGAACUUUGGUGUACAAACAGAUCAGAAACCACCUGCAGUAAUGCGUUCUGAUUCUGUUAAGAGAACUGACAUUCAGGUGCUUAAUCCUUCUGGUCAGGAAAUGGCUUCCACCAAAUGUCAGGAGGAAGUGAAAAAAGAAGAGGUUAAUGAAUCUACAGGUCGGAAUCCCUCCCCUGACAACCCAAAAACUGAUCAGCUUAGUAAGAAGGAUGAGGAUCAGGUGAAAACUGAUACUGAUGGGCCUAAUGAGCAGGAAAGUGGUUCUCAGGAUGAAUCUGGUUUACAAUCAGAUCGGAGAAUGGGGUGUAGAGGAUCUAGGGAGAAAGGUACUGAAGCUGAUGACACUGAGGAAAGUUGUUCAGCUGCAGCAGAUGCUUCUUUAGCUGUUACUGGCAGCCAAGAUAAUGAAACAAAAAUGGUAUUUGAUCUGAACGAGAUGCUUAAUGGCGACGAUGGGAAGUACAUUGAGCCAUCCAAUGUAAAAGUCGCAAGUGCUUCUUCUGCUUCUAUUCCAUUGAUUAGUCCGUUGCCUUUACAAGCUUCUCUCUCUAGUAGUCUCCCUGCUUCAAUUACUGUUGCCUCGGCUGCUAAAGGUCCUUUUGUUCCACCAGAGGAUUUACUGAAGAGUAGAGGGGAACUUGGUUGGAGAGGAUCAGCCGCAACAAGUGCAUUUCGACCAGCUGAACCUAGAAAAACUGUUGAUCCUAAUGUAACUGGGACAACACCCAAUGGUCCUUCUCCUGAUUCUUCUUCUGCCAAACCUGGCCGUCCUCUCUUUGAUUUUGACCUAAAUGUGGCUGAUGAAAGGGUACUUGAAGAUUUGGCUUCUCGAGUUUCUGAUCAGGCUAUGAGCUCUGUCACUGGCCUUGCAAAUAAUCAUCAUGUUGUGGCAUGUGAUGAACCGGUGGUGGCUUCUGUAUCCGUUCGAAGUUCUGGGGGACUUGAUCUUGAUUUGAAUAAAAUGGACGAUGAUGGUGAUGUUGGCAAUAAUCACUUGACUAGCAACGGUCGUAGGCUGGACAUUCAUUUCCAGCCAACAGUCAAAACAUCAGCAGCAGCAGGUCUUAUCAGUGCUGCUGAUGCAGGUACCCGUCGAGACUUUGACUUGAAUAAUGGACCUCUUGCCGAGGAAGUGGGAACUGUUGAGCCAUCAACUUCAUUUGUCCAGCAAUUAAGGAAUAAUAGCAUUGUGUCUCAGUCAGCAAUUCCCGCCCCUCGAGUUAACUCUAAGGAACUGGGAAAUUUUGCCUCUUGGUUUCCUCCUCAAGGGAAUUAUCCAGGUCUAGCAACAAUUCAGCCCAUGUUGCCUGAUAGAGCAGGGGAACAACAGCCAUUCUCAAUAGUUGCACCUCAAAGGAUGGUAGCUGCUCCUGCUGUCACUGUCGGCAAUACAUUUAGCCCUCCAGAUGUCUAUAGAGGACCAGUGUUGUCAUCUUCUCCUGCUGUGCCCUUCCCGUCUCCUCCAUUCCAGUACUCAGUCUUCCCAUUUGGAAACAACUUCCCUCUAACUUCAGCUGCAUUUUCGGGUGGUUCUACAGCAUAUGUCGACUCAGCAUCAGGUGGAAGACUUUGUUUUCCUGCUGUGCCUUCACAGGUGUUGGCGCCUGGUGGUGGUGGUGUUCUCCCAUCGCCCUAUCAUCCAAGGCCUUAUGUUGUCAGCAUUCCAGAUGCGAGUAGUAGUAUGUCCAGUGAAAGCAGCAGUAGAAAGUGGGGAGGAAGGCAGGGACUAGACUUAAAUGCAGGGCCUUUGGGUGGUCCUGAUACUGCAGAAGGGAGAGAUGAAACAACAUCAUCAUCACUUGCUGCCUCAAGGCAACAGCAGCUGUCUCUGGCCAACUCUCAUCAAGCACUAAUUGAGGAGCAGCAAUCUAGGAUUUACCACCAGGUGUCAGGUGGCGGCGUUCUGAAAAGGAAGGAACCAGAUGGUGGAUGGGAUGGCUACAAGCAUCAUCCACCAUGGCAAUAG